ACCACAGUCCGGAUGUACGCUCUCUCAGGGUUGGGUACGCACGUGUAAACGCUAACGAUUAGAAGGUUUUACCCCGAAUAUUUCCAACAGUCCGAUGUACAAUUCAGCAUAUUUCCUGGUCACAGCUGUGUUACUCUAACGUCAGGUCCUGCAUCCGUUUCUGUAAAUAUGACACUGGACGGAUGUGGACAGAUGUGUAAAUGGAUUCUCAUACUGUUCAACGUGCUGUAUGUACUGGUAGGCCUGCUGAUUCUGGGAUUGGGUUUCUACCUGCGUUUCAGUGCUGAAGGGCCUCUCAACAUUGAUUUGAAAACCAACCAUUUCAUCUUUGUGGUAGGUCUGCUGAUGGCAGUGGGUGCUGUGAUUCUUCUCACUGCUGUCAUUGGCUUCUGCAGUGAGAAUAAGACAUCCCUGGGUGUGUACUCCAGUCUGUUGACGGUUCUUGCUACAGCUGCCAUCAUUGCUGGAAUCUUGGCCUACAAUAACAGCCACAAGUUUGUAGAUCACGUGGGGGAGUUUUAUGCCACUGUCUACGGCCAGUACAUGAUUAAGAAAGACUGGAUACGAGGGACCAUUCUCAAACUGUUCCACAACACUUUUGACUGCUGUGGUCUAGGGGGGACCGUUCAGACAAUCCUGGGAGAGACAGACGUUUGUCCACAGCGGUUCUCUUUACUGGGGUUAUCCAUCUCCAAUUCUUCGAAUUGCCUGACUGUGAUCGUGGCCCAGAUGCAGGCAUCUUCAGUGCUGUGGUUCUUCCUGGGCAUAGCUGGUGUCAUGAUUGUGGCUUUAGGAUGUUGUUCAGUUAUCUGGUACCAGUACUCUCACUCUCCGGUCUUUGUCCAUCCUCCUUACAUCCCCCUCUCUUUGUCCACUUCCUGUUCCUCUUCUGUGCCUGUCUCCUCAUCUCCUCACGAUCUCACCAGUGCUGAUGAUUUCUGACCUGUUACUUCCAUCCUUUCUAUCCCUCCUCUCUGCUCACCUGUAAGUCAUUCGUCCAUUUCUUAUAAGCAGUAUAACCACGUACGUCACUGGCAUAGGUGAUUUCAUGGCACACUCUCUGUUUUUCAGUCUGUUCUUUUAAUAAAUAACCUAUGACCUUUCAGACAAUUUACCUUUCUCCACCCCCCACCCGGCUCUCUGGUGUAGCUCUUCUUACUAUUCUGCAGCAUUCUGUUGUACUGUGGUGUAAAGAAGAGAAUGUAUAACUCACCACUGAUGUACUACUGAACAUCUGAGGAUACACUGACACUGAGCAGCAGUCGUCACACCUGGGUUAGGGCUCAGAGGGGAUUACCACACCUGGGAGGGCUUGCCCACUGGCGCAGGAAUACUUCAUCUAUAACUGCUAUAACUUAUAAAAGGGAAGUUUCAGGCCUAGUCCACACAAACAUGAGUAAACUGGAAAAAUAAAUUGUGUUUUGGCUAUAUUAGCGUUUGCAGUACGUUUUCCAGAAGUUCCCCAACCACAAUAAAUAAAAAGCAAUGGAAAGGGUGAGCAUGUGUGAGUAUCUGACCUAUAACCUAAGACAUUUUGGUUCUUUGUUUAUUUGUUGCUGUCACAUGCAUUGUAGCAGCCAGCACAGAGAAAAUGGUGAGAAAAAAGAGAAUUUCUUUGUCUGGACAGAUAAAGUCAAAUAAGUAAGCAGACAAUUAAAA